CGAAUCCGCACUGUGUUUACUUCCGUCAAUACUUCAGCAACAGAAAGGGGAGACAAGAAACAGAGGCAGGCGAUAUAACAAAGACGUUCCUUGCCCGUUAAGAACCCUGUCCACAAAGAUGAAUCCCUUGUUAUAACCAGUGGUGGAAAGUAACUAAGCACAUUUACUCAAGUACUGUACUUAAGUACAACUUUGAGGUGUUUGGAGUGGCAGCAACCCUCUCUGCUCAUAGUCUCUCCCAAGCUAAAAUGCCUUUCUUGGGUAAGGACUGGAGGUCACCAGGAUGGAGCUGGACAAAGACUGAACAUGGCUGGAAACGGAUUGUCUUAUAUGGGCAUGAGUUGGAGGACAACAACAAAGAGAUAGACCUGCAAGAGUUCUGCAGUGACAACAAAGAAAAUCUGUUUGUCGGAGAUGUGUGUGAGCUCACCACAACAAAGCGGCAAAAGGACUUGUACAACAAUAACACCAAAUCUCAGUUUGUUUUCAGGGAUAAAUGGAUUUAUGUGCAGAAAGGGAGCACAAAAGAACGACAUGGCUACUGCACGCUUGGUGAAGCCCUGAACCGUCUAGACUUCUCCAGUGCCAUCCAGGACUUGAGAAGAUUCAACUACGUUGCAAAACUUUUUCAGCUAAUAGCCAGGUCUCAUCUAACUUCUUUGAGUGGAGCUGCCCAGAAAAACUAUUUCAAUAUACUGGAGAAGAUUGUACGGAAGGUCCUUGAGGACCACUACAAUCCUCGCCUUGUCAAGGAGCUGCUGCAGGACCUCAGCUCCACUCUGCACAGUCUGACUGUCCAUGUUGGCAGGUGUGUCCUUGUGGGCAACAUUAACAUCUGGUUGUGUCGACUGGAGACCAUUCUCAAAUGGCAGCAGCAGCUCAACAACCUGCAGAUCCCCAAGCAAAUGUGCAAUGGCAUGUCAUUCAGCGACUUGCCACUAUACAUGCAGAACAAGAUCCUCUACAAGUUGUCUGAUGCCUAUGACAUCAUCAACCUGGGACAGGCCAUGCCAACACUGUACAUCCUCAGUGAGAACAGGAUACUGUGGAAGAAACUCUGCCACUUUCACUUCUCAGACAAACAGUUUUGUAGGAAUUUGGUUCUACCCAAGAGUGAUACUGUGGACUGGAAGCUGAUGUACUUCACCCUGCAGAAGCACUACCCCAUGAAAGAACAAUAUGGCGACACCUUGCACUUCUGCAAACACUGUAGCAUCCUCUUCUGGAAGGAUCGCCACCUGGCUUUGUUAUUCAAGGACUGCGGCCAUCCGUGCACAGCCAACGAUCCAGACAGCUGCCUCAUGCCAGUCUCUCCACAGCACUUUAUUGACCUCUUCAAGUUCUAAGUCCUUCAUGUUGUUGCUCAAGCAAAGCAUCCGUUUAACCUCAUUCCAACCCGAGAGCGUGUGAAAGACAUUGAUUUCAUUUCCAAAGGGCUUCAACUGAAUCAGAAAAAUUACCUUUUUUAUUCUUGCACACAAAUGUUUUAAUAAGUCACAGAAAAGAAUAAAUGUGUAUGUUUGUUGAUUUUUGAAAUACGAAAGGAACUUUUAUGUUUUUUUCUUUCCAUGCAAAUGUUUGUCUUCUUGACAAAGAACCGCUGCUCUUGAUAGAGGAAAUAAAAAAUAAUAUGUGAAAUUAAUAUGAGUAUUUUAAAAGGAUUUCUAUGUAAAAUGAGUUGUAGCAUGUUUCUGGUAGCUAAGUGAUGAUUGGUAAUGUGUAAAGGUUUAAAGGUGAACAUUGUAGUGUGGCAGAGUAACAACUCGUGUCGAUGGCUUAUUUAAUGGGGUGAAACUAUACUGCUUUUAAUCUGUUUUGGUGGUACUCUCUUGCAAUAACUAAGUGCAUGUUAUGUUUCCGUUUGUUUACAUACUGUACCGUAUGUUGUCCUUUGUGAAUUCUUGCUGUGCUUUGUGUACAUUGAAGGGAUCCACAGUAAAUGAAACUAAGGCGGGGGAAACUCCAUUAGCUGCAAAUGUUUUUAUUUUCUACUUUUGUCAGAAAUGUCCAGUGACAGGCAGAAGAAAUGUAACACAAUAUUUAUAAAAAACAAACAAAAAAAGUUUUCUAUCCUUCCUCCAACUUUUGUAAUAAUCCUUUACUAUUCCAAUACUCUUGGUAGUACUAUCAUGACUUUUAUGGAACAGGAACUGGCUGUACCAUUAUUAAAUAUUUCUAAAAACCUCUUUCUGGACUGCAUUUUGUACUUUGUAGCAGGGAAUCAUUUGUCCAUUUGGUUACUAUAGAAAAUCAUGGCCUAAACAUUGGAUUUGGAUAUAAGCAUCUUUCCUCCUAAAACACCAAGAACAUGUUUUUUCUUUACUGAACAUGGGCAAACUUUUAUGGUUAAUAUUCUUCCUAGUGUGCUCUAGUGUCAACCUUUCUAAAGGCAGUUCAAUGAGCUAGUUUCAUAUGCCUGCUGAUGGAGGUAAACUGUUUCUGUUCUGGCCACUGCAUCAGUGAA